CAGCUUUCUGCUUUGUGCCAUCGCGAGCUUUCCUCCUUGUGGCCAUUCACGGUCUAUACUACAGGCGGGCAAGCUGUCCUCGACCGGGAAGAAGCACCAAACGUCUGUUCGGUGCUGACUGGACGGAUAGUCAGACCAGUGUCUGGAACUAGCACGGCUAUAUUGACCACUGCGCUGGCAACUGCAGCGUCUCAAAGGACUUGAUUCACUGCAAGGACAAUGCGGAAUCGAGUAGUAUAUGACGCGCACAUGUUUCAUUCAUUCCCUACGUUCUUUCUCACCCAUUACAAUUCAAUGACCAUUGCUACCUCGCCUCAUUUGUUCAUCUUAGAUUCGUCUCUUUGCCCAAUGCGACAUGCAGUACUUUCCAGCACUCCUCAACGCCGAAUCCUAUCCGAUGAAACAUUUGAAAACGCACGUCUGUGAAGCGACAUCGAGCGCACGCGUGUUUUCCGCCAAGAUCAACAAGUAACGAAACUUGGGUUGGCCUGAGCCACUCGCUUCAUCGCAACUUGUGGCAGAUGGCUCAGUGGAAGAUCAAAGCAAAACUCCCAGACGUUGCUCUCAGACAACUUUCACUUUCUAGUUGACCCGAGUUCAGAGCACUGUUGCCAAUGCGUCGCAUUGGCGAUAGUGCUCAUGCCGUUCUUCGAUCCCUCGGCCCUACUCGUCAUGCCCGUUACACCAGAUCACUUAAGCGGAGAUCGGCUGUCGAGCUGGUGUCAUGCUGCACUCCACGCGUAAGAUGGUAUACAACGGCUCAGAUGAUUGGGUGCCUCAACCUUCUGCUAUUAAAGGAUGGUGGACGUUAUGUAACUGAGCCGCCUAUAAAGAAAUGCGUGGAGAAACUAGCUGCGGGCUUCUUAUGGCCCCGCUUCGACAACAACCGGACUCUUCACUUUUGUUGCAAUUUGGUCUGGCAGGAUGGAAUCUUGCUAUCAAUGGCGACGUCCUUCUACAAGGCAUACUGAUUGCGCAGACUGCCACAUACCUAGGACACGGUUAUCACCGCACAGACCCCUCCCUUCUGCGUUUGUGGGUGGCGGGUCUCUGGCUUAGUACCUUGGCGAAGACCGUAUAUGCGCUUGUCUUUACCCAGCUCCAGCUGCAGACUUUGAAUCUUCAGACCCAAUCGGACACCAGAUCCUUCAAUCGGUACCUGCAAAACUUCCGAAUGACACAACUGUUCGGGGUGCUGCUAGUGUACUACGUGCAACUCUUCUUUUGUUGGCGCACCUGGACGCUCUCGAAACGGCCGUGGAUUCCGCUCGGUCUGGCACUCAUGUUCUCGAUGUCGUUCGUUUGCGGCAUGUUUUCGAUUUUGGAUAAUGGGACCAGCGGUGUUCCUUGGUCGGGGGCGUAUCUGGGGUUGCUCUUCGUGGGGGACGGAAUGCUUAGCGCGGCCACCAUGUACCUUCUGCUUACAACGGCGAGAAGCGUUUCGCGCGAUACGGCAAGCGUCCUGGAACGACUGUCAAGGCUCACCAUGCAUGCCGCCGUGCCCGGUGCCAUCUGCACUCUCGUCGUUCUCAUCACUUCUCAAGUAUCGCCCAGUUUGAGCCGAGUAGGGGCCCCGCAGGAUAUGGCAGCAGCGGGGUCGAUCGUCUCAAGCCAGCUCCUUCCCAAAUUGUACGCGUUUUCGGCUAUGUGGAUCCUCAACAGUAGGAGAAGCCUACGGAAGGGGGUCCAUCGCCCUCGAGACGGAAGCAGAAUGAGCCAUCCGGCAAAGCUCGGUCAGGGCUCAAGCGUUGAGGCCUCUACGAACGACCCCCUAGAACUGGGCGAUUUACAAGGGACGAAGCACGACAGUGUUAUCGAAUUCGCAGCACCCAAGGGGAGACAUUCACCUUACGCAGCUCCAAUCAAGGUCGAAGAUGAAGAGGAGGGGCAAGAACGGGAGGACGAAGACGAGGAAUACGGCAGAAGGUAUCGUUCCACCAGAGUCACUCUGGAGCAAGCCCUGCGGGCCAGGUCUGAGAAGGAGAACGGCAUGUAACAGGUCUAACUGGGUAUAGCGGACAGACGUACAUACGGUAUCAUUUAGGGUUCUUAAUCAUUUACGUGCGUUCACCGGCCGCAGAGCGGCCGGCAACCCCUUGCGCGAGGUGCUUUUGCAAAUAUUACAACCAAG